GUUAAAUCUAGUCUAAAGGAGAAGUUCCAGUGUGUGUUUGAGGGGAUUGCUAAAGCUGGAAACUCAACCCUUCUGAAUGAGAUCUACACAGAGCUCUACAUCACAGAGGGAGGGACUGCAGAGGUCAAUGAUGAACAUGAGGUCAGACAGAUUGAAACAGCAUCCAGGAAACCACACAGACCAGAAACAAGCAUCAGACAAGAAGACCUCUUUAAACCCUCACCUGGAAGACAUGGACCAAUCAGAAGAGUGAUGACAAAGGGAGUGGCUGGCAUUGGGAAAACAGUCUUAACACAGAAGUUCACUCUGGACUGGGCUGAAGACAAAGUCAACCAGGACAUCCUCUUCGUAUUUCCAUUGACUUUCAGAGAGCUGAAUGUGGUGAAAGAGAGAAAGUUCAGCUUGGUGGAACUUGUUCAUCACUUCUUCACUGAAACCAAAGAAGCAGGAAUCUGCAGCUUUGAAGACUUCCAGGUUGUGUUCAUCUUUGACGGUCUGGAUGAGUGUCGACUUCCUCUGGACUUCCACAAGACUGAGAUCCUGACUGAUGUUACAGAGUCCACCUCAGUGGAUGUGCUGCUGACAAACCUCAUCAGGGGGAAACUGCUUCCCUCUGCUCGCCUCUGGAUAACCACACGACCUGCAGCAGCCAAUCAGAUCCCUCCUGAGUGUGUUGACAUGGUGACAGAGAUCAGAGGGUUCACUGACUCCCAGAAGGAGGAGUACUUCAGGAAGAGGUUCAGAGAUGAGGAGCAGGCCAGCAGGAUCAUCUCCCACAUCAAGACAUCACAAAGCCUCCACAUCAUGUGUCACAUCCCAGUCUUCUGCUGGAUCACUGCUACAGUUCUGGAGGAUGUGUUGGAAACCAGAGAGGGAGGAGAGCUGCCCAAGACCCUGACUGAGAUGUACAUCCACUUCCUGGUGGUUCAGGCCAAAGUCAAGAAGGUCAAGUAUGAUGGAGGAGCUGAGACAGAUCCACACUGGAGUCCAGAGACCAGGAAGAUCAUUGAGUCUCUGGGAAAACUGGCUUUUGAUCAGCUGCUGAAAGGAAACCUGAUCUUCUAUGAAUCAGACCUGACAGAGUGUGGCAUCGAUAUCAGAGCAGCCUCAGUGUACUCAGGAGUGUUCACACAGAUCUUUAAAGAGGAGAGAGGCCUGUACCAGGACAAGGUGUUCUGCUUCGUCCAUCUGAGCGUUCAGGAGUUUCUGGCUGCAGUCUACAUGAUCCACUGUUACACCAACAGGAAGACAGAGGAGCUGCAGGACUUUGUGGGAGGAAACUACAAUAACUCACAUCUGGAUGAAUUUCUGAACAGAGUCAUGAUUAAAUCCCUGGAGAGUAAAAGUGGUCACCUGGACCUGUUAGUUCGCUUCCUUCAUGGCCUCUCUCUGGGGUCCAACCAGAGACUCUUAGGAGGUCUGCUGGGUCAGAGAAAGAACAGUCCAGAAAUCAUCCAGAGAACCAUCAACAACCUGAAGAAGAUGAACACUGAUGAAAUCUCUCAUGAGAGAAGCAUCAUCAUCUUCCACUGUCUGAUGGAGAUGAACGACCUCUCAGUUCAUCAGGAGAUCCAAGAGUUCCUGAAGUCAGAGAACAGAUCAAAGAAGGAACUCUCUGAGAUCCACUGCUCAGCUCUGGCCUACAUGCUGCAGAUGUCAGAGGAGGUUCUGGAUGAGUUGAACUUGAAGAAGUACAGAACAUCAAGGGAGGGACGACAGAGACUGAUUCCAGCUGUGAGGAAUUGCAGAAAGGCUCAACUUGUUGACUGUGGACUCUCAGAGAGUCACUGUGAAGUCGUGGCCUCAGCUCUGAAGUCCAACCCCUCCCAUCUGAAACAUCUGGACCUGAGUCACAACAACCUGGAGGAUUCAGGAGUGAAGCAUCUGUCUGCUGGACUGGAGAGUCCAAACUGUAAACUGGAGACUCUGAGAUUGAGUUGCUGCAGUUUGUCAGAGAUCAGCUGUGAUUCUCUGGUCUCAGCUCUGAAGUCCAACCCCUCCCAUCUGAAACAUCUGAACCUGAGAGGGAACAACCUGAAGGAUUCAGGAGUGAAGCAGCUGUGUGGUUUUCUGGAGAGUCCAGACUGUAGACUGGAGACUCUGGGAUUGUGGAGCUGCAGUUUGUCAGAGAUCAGCUGUGAUUCUCUGGUCUCAGCUCUGAAGUCCAACCCCUCCCAUCUGAAACAUCUGGACCUGAGAGAAAACAACCUGGAGGAUUCUGAUGUGAAGCAGCUUCUUGAUCUUGUGGAGAGUCCAGACUAUAAACUGGAGACUCUGAGGUGGACGUGGUGAUAAACAGGACGGUGUGUGUUGUGAGAGGAUGAGCUGUGUCCUGAUGAUCCAGAGGUUGAAGCAGACUCUGACUGGACCAUGUUACUGGGAGGUGGAGAGGAGAGCUUCAUCCACAUGGUCUCCAUU